GCAUAGAGUGAAACGCGUGCGCGAUGACGUGAGACGAAUUUCGUGCGAUUUCUCGUGCGAGUCAGCAAGAGAGAAUUGCAAUCGUAAUAAGUUAGAGAAGGGGUGUGCGCCCCCGGUUACUUGGAUACAGUUGUGGUUAUUAUCACAUUUUGACAAUAAACUUUGAAUCGGUGCUGCAUGGUUUUGAAAAUAACAUUUUAUCGAUAUGGGUGAGUUGUGUCAUGAAUUAAAGAUUACGUGUGCGCUUUUCGGGUUGCCUACCGAGCUGAGUACAAACACUGAGGGUUGCUCAGUUAUUUUCGUAAUCUGCUAGGAAGUCGAGAAAUGCGAAUAUUAAUUUUAGGCUUGGACGGAGCCGGUAAAACUACGAUUUUAUAUAGAUUGCAGGUCGGCGAAGUGGUUACUACGAUACCUACAAUAGGAUUUAAUGUAGAACAAGUUACAUAUAAGAAUUUAAAAUUCCAAGUAUGGGAUCUCGGAGGACAAACGAGUAUACGACCAUAUUGGAGGUGUUAUUAUUCUAAUACGGAUGCGAUAAUAUAUGUGGUUGACUCUGCAGAUAGAGAUAGAAUAGGCAUAUCAAAAGAUGAGCUAAUAUAUAUGCUAGGGGAAGAAGAAUUACAAGGUGCCAUUCUGGUAGUACUGGCAAACAAACAAGAUAUGGCUGGUUGUUUAAGUGUUGCAGAAGUGCAUCAAGCUCUUGGAUUGGAUGCACUUAAGAAUAGAACAUUCCAAAUAUUUAAAACUUCAGCAACUAAAGGAGAAGGUCUUGACCAAGCAAUGGAUUGGCUGUCAAACGCGUUACAGAGUAGAAAAUGAUCGACAUUAAAUCAUCAUCAUUUUUCUUACUCAAGCCUUAUAAAGAGACUGGUCGUAUGACUGUCAUUUCAAAUAUCCCAUGUAAUUGGGAAGAGCUCAUUUGUGUUUAUUUAUUCAAAUAUUAUUAUAUUUUAUAAAUACCUUGCAUUUUUCGCAUAUAAAACUGACCAUACUUUUCAUAAUAGAUAGGACAUGAUAGAUGUCAGAAAUUUUAUCUUUCUUACGAAUCAAGAUAAAAAAAAUAAAACAAAGACAAGAAAAAGAUAAAAUGAAGGAAACAUAUGCGAAUAUAUAUACCUUUGUAUUAAAAUGUAAUUGAAUCACUUCUCUUAAGAUGAUUAUUUCAUCUUUACACCCAUUAUAUGAUUGUAGAGAGCCGAAUACUUUUUUAAUAUUAAUCCCUACUAUCCUUAUUUAAUAUUAUUUGUAAAUGAAAGUUAAUAUAUUGGAAAAUACUGUCACAAAUAAAGACUUAAUUUCAUAUGCAUUAACAGAACAA